AUGGCUACCCCUAGUGUCCUCACUUUUGAUGCUGAGGGUCGGGCCAUUGACUUUGACGUCUGGGUAGAUGACCUGCAGCUUUUCCUGCUGAGCGAUAGGGCAGACGGUCUCUCCCUCUUUGACCUCACUUCUGGUGCCUCUCCUGCACCUGCUGCUGAUGCUGACGCCACUUACAAGAGUGCUAAGACCUUGUACGACGCUGUAGUUGCACGCUACUCUUCCCCUGCCACUGCUGCGCUUAGCCGCCUCAUCCUACCGUACCUCUUCCCUGACCUCGCCGCUUUUCCCACUGUCGCUGACCUCAUUACGCACCUUCGCACUAGUGACACUCGCUACCGCGCUGCGCUUCCUGCUGAGUUCUGCGCCAAGAACCCCCCCCCCAUGUACAUCACCCUCUACUACAUAGUCACCCGGCUCCCUGACACCCUUCGCCCGGUUAGGGACCACUUCCUCUCUGUUUGCCCCACCACCCUCACCGUUGACCUCCUCGAGGAGCGCCUUCUAGCGGCAGAGAAGAGCAUAGUCGCUGUAGGAGCCUCUCGUGGUGACCCUCGUACCCCUGUCUUUGAGGGGUGCUCCCCCUCUCCCCUCCUGCCCUCUGUUGCCUCUGCUGCUGCGGCCGACCUCGUUGGUCUUGAGUCGGUCGCUGCGGCGUCUGCCCCUAGCGGGAGACGCCGCCCUGGCAAGGGCAAGGGGGGCAAGGGUGCUGGAGGAGCUAGCGGGGGUGGUGGUGGCGGAGGUGGAGGUGGUGGAGGGGGUGGGGGUGGCGGUGGGGGUGGUGGCGGGGGUGGGGGCAUCAGUGGCGGCAGUGGAGGCAGAGGCGGAGGCGGCGGUGGCGGUGGGAGCGGAGGUGGCGGAGGUGGCGGUAGUGGAGGAGGUAGCGGCGGAGGAGGUGGAGCUGGUCGGGGUGGCGCUGCACAGAGGGUUGGCUCCGGUGGUGGUCAGCGCCAGCAGCAGCAGCAGCGCGCUCGUGAGAUCCCCCCCCUCAGCAGCUUCGUGAGUGGUACGCUGCACGUCAGCGGGCGCUGCUUCGGCCGUCUGACGGACGCGUGGCGUCACCAGUUCCCCGACGCUACUGAGAUCCCUCGCUGGGGCGAGCUGUCUAGGGCGGGUGUUGCGAUCUUUGAUCUUGAUUAUGAUGCUAUUCUUGCUGCCAUGUAUGCUGUGACUAUUAGUGAUGAGGGUGACUGUUACCGGUGUUUUCCGCCUGACCCAUUCAUAGAGGCUGCUGCGCUAGGUGCUUGUGAGGCUGCUGCUCUAGGUGCUAGUGCGUCUGCCGCCCCAAGUGCCGGUGAGUCUGCGCUCUCAGGUACUGCGUCGUCUCCGGACACCCACACCUUCACCCUUGACUCGGGUGCUUCCCGCUCCUUCUUUCGAGACUGCACCACUCUCACGCCACUCAGUCGGCCCGUUGCAGUCUCCCUGGCAGACCCCUCUGGGGGUCCUGUCCUUGCCCACUACUCCACUGUCCUACCGUGUCCAGCGGUCCCGUCUGGCUCCCUGUCGGGUCUUUACCUCCCCUCGUUCUCUACGAACUUGAUGGCGGGUGCUGACCUACAGGAUACAGGGGUUGACCAGUUCACCCCUGCUCGUCAGCGGGUGACUCACUGCACGUGUGCAGACACGGGCCGACACUUGGCCACGUUUACCCGUCGGCCGGGGUCGAGCCUGUACACACUGACUACUGAGUCUCCUCCAGUCACUGAGUCUGCUCAGGUAGCAGCGUCGGGUCAGGUGUUUGCUGCGGCGUCCAGGUCUGGUCCUGAGUCUGCCCCCUGCUCGUGUCGUCUCCUGUCCCACCGGACUCUCCUCUGGCACCACCGCCUUGGUCACCCCUCCCUGCCUCGUCUUCGAGGCAUGGCUUCCCGUCUUCUUGUCUCUGGCCUCCCCCGGUCCCUCCCUCCCCUUCCUCCGGGGCCUGCCCCCACCUGCGUUCCCUGCGUCGAGGGGCGGCAGCGCGCUGCCCCUCACUCCUCCGAGUUUCCUCCGACAGAGGCUCCGCUGCAGACGCUUCACAUGGACGUGUGGGGCCCAGCCCGCGUCCGUGGACAGGGUCACGAGCGUUACUUCCUGCUGGUGGUUGACGACUACUCGCGUUACACCGCAGUCUUCCCCUUGCGCAGCAAGGGUGACGUCACUGAGGUGUUGAUCGCCUGGAUCCGCGCAGCUCGUCUCCAGCUCCGGGAGAGUUUCGGCUCUGACUUUCCUGUUCUGCGUCUGCACUCUGACAGAGGCGGAGAGUUCUCCUCUGACCUUCUGCGGGCCUUCUGUCGUGCACGAGGCAUCCGCCAGACCUUCACGCUUCCGGACUCUCCACAGCAAAAUGGGAUUGCUGAGCGCCGCAUUGGCAUGAUCAUGGACGUCGCUCGUACGUCCAUGGUCCAUGCGGCUGCCCCCCAUUUUCUGUGGCCGUUUGCGGUUCGGUACGCGGCGCAUCAGAUCAACCUUCACCCCCGGGUCUCCAGGCCGGAGACCUCCCCUGCUUUACUGUGGACGGGGAAGGUUGGCGAUGCGUCUGCGUUCCGUGUCUGGGGAUCUCGGGCGUUUGUCCGCGACUUGUCUGCGGACAAGCUGUCCUCUCGUGCUGUUCCCUGCGUCUUCCUUGGCUUCCCUCCUGACGCGCCAGGCUGGCAGUUCUACCACCCCACCUCGCGCCGUGUUCUGUCCUCCCAGGACGUCACCUUUGACGAGUCGGUUCCCUACUACCGUCUCUUCCCCUACCGCACUGCGUCCCUCCCUCCCCCGCCGCUCUUCCUUACGCCAGGUCCCCCUCCGGUAGACCCCCUCCCCCCUCAGGGUCCUGCUCCCUCAGGUGUGUCCCAACUAGAUGCAGUCGAGCCUGUCGAGGUAGCUGUUGACUCUGGUACUGCUGGGGGUGCUGAGCCUGGGGGUGCUGGGUCUGGGGGUGCUGCGCCUGGGGGUGUUGGGCUCGGGGGUGCUGCGCCUGGGGGUGCUGAGCCUGGGGGUGCUACGCCUGGGGGUGCUGAGCCUGGGGGUACUGAGCCUGGGGGUGCUGUGUCUCGAAGUACGGCGCCUGAGGGUGCUGGGCCUGCUCGUGAGGCGUCUGGUGGUGCUGGGCCUGGCGGUGCUUCGGGUGCUUCGUCCCGGCGGGAGCUACUCUCUCCACAGGAGCUGCGUGAGUGGUUCGCCCGGCGCUGGCGGCGUGCUGCUGGAGCUGGUGGUGCUGCGGACGCUGGAGGUUCUGCUGCUGCUGAGGGUGCUGGUGCAGAGGGUCCCAGAGGUGCUCGUACAGGGUGUACUGGAGCUGCUGGGCCUACGGGUGCUCCUCCUGCUGGAGCUGGUGGUGCUACUGGUGCUACUGGCGUUGGUGCUGCUGGUGCUCCUGGAGCUGGAGCUGCUGCGUCUUCGGGUGGUUUGCCUGGCGCUGGAGCUACUGGGAGUGUUGGCGCUGGAGGUGCUACUGGCGCUGGUGCUGCUGAGGGUGCUGGAGUUGGAGCUGCUGGAGCUGGGGGUCCUCCUGGUGCUGGUGCUCCCGUUGGGGGUGCUGGUGCUGUUCCUGCUGGCACUGGUGGCGCUGCGCGGCCGCGGCCGUACUUCACUGAGUCACAGUUACAGCCGGCCUCCCCGCUUCCUUCUCCUUCUCCCUACACUGGUCCUACUGGAGGUCUUGCUGAGCGUCGUGAGCCUGCGUCUCGCCCUGCGUCGCCUGUCCGUGCUGCUCGCACUAGUGGUCGUGGUUCGCGUCAGCGUCCUCCCCCUGUCCCCGGCACGCACCGGAUGUCUCUGCGUCCUUCCACUGCUCCGCUGCGUGCCCCUUUGCCCUCUCCUCCCGCGUCCUCUCUUCCUGAGCUUCCUGACCCUGAGUCGGACUCCCUUCGUGCUGCGCGUCCUACUGUCACACGUCUCCUUGCUACUGUCGUCACUGACCCUUCCUUUGAGUCUACUGCUGCGUCUGCCCUCGUUGCUGAGCUUGUCGACUUCGCUGCUCGCUGUCGCCUAGACUACGCUGCCAGUCUCGUCGCUGAGUCUGAGUCUGUCUGUCCUCCGUCCGUCGGGGGUGAGUGUGCUCUUGGCACGGACGUCCUUGAGGACAGGCAGGAGGAGUUCCAGUGCUUGGCUGCUGCUUCACCUCAUCUCGUGUCCAUGCUGCUUGCCCCUGAGGGAGACCCGGAUGCACUUGACAUCCCGACUCCGCGCUCUUACGCGGAGGCGAUAGAGGGUCCCUACUCCUCUCAGUGGCAGGCAGCCAUGGACGCAGAGAUGGCUUCCUGGAAGUCCACAGGCACCUACGUUGACGAGGUUCCCCCGCCUGGGGCGAACAUCGUCAGUGGCAUGUGGAUUUUCAGGGUGAAGCGGCCGCCGGGUUCUCCGCCUGUCUUCAAGGCGCGUUACGUGGCUCGUGGCUUCAGUCAGCGGCAGGGAGUUGACUACUUUCAGACCUUCUCUCCCACCCCGAAGAUGACCACUCUUCGGGGCAGCCUGCACGAGGAGAUCUGGCUGCGCCGCCCACCUGGCUUCACUGGGACUUUUCCUCCUGGCACCCAGUGGAGCCUCCGGCGGCCAGUCUACGGUCUCCGCCAGGCGCCUCGUGAGUGGCACGACACACUGAGGACUACACUUGCGGCUCUUGGGUUUGCUCCUUCUACUGCCGACCCGUCGCUGUUUCUGCGCACCGACUCUUCCUUGCCGCCGUUCUACAUCCUCGUGUACGUCGACGACUUGGUCUUUGCUACAGCUGACACUGCUGGACUUGCCUACGUGAAGUCCGAGCUGCAGAAGAGACACACGUGCACAGACCUGGGUGAACUGCGCAGCUACCUUGGCUUGCAGAUCACCCGGGACAGAGCACAGCGCACCAUUACCCUGACUCAGUCACACAUGGUGCAGCAGGUCCUUCAGCGCUUCGGCUUCACGUACUCCUCGCCUCAGGCCACUCCUCUGCCUACACGCCACUCGCUCUCAGCUCUGCCUUCGGAUGAGUCCGUAGAGUCGAGUGGCCCGUACCCAGAGCUUGUUGGCUGCCUCAUGUACCUGAUGACCUACACUCGACCUGACCUUGCAUACCCUCUUAGCAUUCUGGCACGCUAUGUUGCUCCUGGGAGACACAGACCAGAGCACAUGGCUGCAGCGAAGAGGGUGUUGCGCUACUUGUGCAGUACGUCGGGCAUGGGGCUUGUGCUUGGAGGGCAGAGUCCAGUGGUCCUCACUGGUCACGCAGACGCUUCUUGGGCCGACGACCAGGCUACGCAGCGGUCGUUACAGGGUUACACCUUCAGCCUUGGUUCCGGCUCUGUUUCGUGGCGGUCUACCCGCUCGUCUUCUGUUCUCGGCUCCAGUUGUGAGGCUGAGAUCUACGCAGGGGCCAUGGCUGCACAGGAGCUACGCUGGCUCACCUACCUGCUGACUGACCUGGGAGAGCCGCCUCGUUCUCCUCUCGUGCUGUACGUAGACAACAAGGCCAUGCUGGCCUUGUGUCGGGAGCACAGACUGGAGCACAGAACGAAGCACAUCGCUCUUCGCUACUUCCUUGCUCGUGAGCUGCAGCAGCGUGGUCAGCUGCGCCUUGCUUACGUGGCCUCUGAGGCCAACACUGCUGAUAUCUUCACUAAGGCACUCGCGCCUUGUGAUCAUCAGCGCUUCUGCACUCUGUUAGGUCUUGUGCCUACCUUGCCUCACUUGCUUACUUCUUGA